UGCCUCCUGCUCUCCCUCCCCAUAUAUCUGGUGCUCUACUUUACGGGGGCCGAGACCAUGGACUGGACACAAGUACCAUGGUCAUACAUCUCCGGGGCCGCCAUAUUUCUAUUAGGUUUCCAAGUGAUCAUAGAGUUUGCCGAAGCCGUGACCUAUGAAGUAUUCGUACCGCUUGGUCUACUGCUGGCCAUUCCUAUGUGUGCAGUUGCCGAAGAGCUGUGGUCGUUCCCUGUCUUCAACAGCAUGGAGAUCGCCGCCACCAUAUUGAUCAUCAUGGGGUUCUUCAUGGUCAUCAUCCCAGAAAACAUCCACACCAAGAUCAGCAAGCUCAUCAAGGCAAAACACGAGGAGCACCGGAAGCGACCCGAGCGACCUUUGUCACGUGGGGCGAGGUCGUCGCCGCAGAUGGUUCGAUGAUUGGCAUUUGUAACUAAGGAGACAGCGCUCAUUUAA